AUGCCCGACGUCGAGAUGGCCCGAACGGGAAGCGUACAACGGCAAGGAGAGAAGGAAGAGGACACCGAGUACAGACCAUUGAACUGGAAGAAGAUAUUUCUAACACCAAAGUAUAUCCGUAUGAAUCAUCCAGCCGGCAUCGAAAAGACAGGGGAAACUGACUUGGGGCGACGUGCAGCAUUUCACCUUUUGGGCAUAGCCAUCAUUGUGGCAACAGUCUUCAUCAGCCUUCACCAUGACGAGGUCGUUGAAAAAUUGAGGCCCUUCUCUGAAAAGGUCCGGUCGCUACCCGGAGGGUUCUUGAUUCCGAUCGCCAUCUUGGUCCUAAUCUCGUUCCCGCCCCUUUUUGGCCACGAGAUUGUGGCUCUUUUGUGCGGUGUAGUGUACGGCUUAUGGAUUGGAUUUGCCAUUGUCGCAGCGGGCACUUUCAUCGGAGAGAUCGGAACCUGGUUUGCUUUCAAGUACACCUUGCGACGCAAGGCCCAAAAACUGGAGAGAACCAACCUCAACUAUGGUGCGUUGGCGCGAUUGACUCGCGACGGCGGAUUCUGGAUUGUCUUCAUCAUUCGAUUUUCGGUCAUUCCGUCUCACUUCUCGACGGCGGUGUUUUCGACAUGCGAUGUGAAGUUCUGGCACUUUGCUGUGUCGACGUUCUUGACGCUUCCGAAGCAAAUCAUUCUCGUCUACCUCGGUGUCCUCCUGAUUGAGAAGAAGUCGAACAACAGCAACAACACCAUUAAGAACAUUGUCUUCGGCGCAACAUUCGUUCUGACGAUCGCACUCGCGAUAUACAUCUAUGUCAAGAUGAGAAGAGUCAAGAAGAUGCUGUUGCAGGAGCAGGAGGAAAGGAGAGUACAGCGAGAGUUGCAGGAGUUGCCUCAGAAGGCUGAAGUCGACGCAGUUGAGACGGAGAUUGUACCUCUGCAGCCAGGCGCGGCGACGGUGCGAACAGACAGACCGGGAUACCCACACUGGAUUUGA